GCUUAUGGGCUCAGCUGGCCACCCUGUCUCACCCACAGGGCAAGGGCAGCUGGGUGCCCAGGCUCGGGACUGCAGAGCCAGGGGCCACACAGGUGCGGGGCCUGGGCAACUAGGAGGUCCUGGCCAGUCGGAGGAGCCGUGCCGGAGAGCAGAGCUGGCCUCCUCUGGGGUCCAGCGCUCGGCUGCAAUGAGCUCGGCCUCCAGUGAGCAUGGCAGCGGGGACGCCUCCCAGCAGCCCCCACUGGGGCUGGACGCCGUGAUCCAGAGACUGGAGGACACCGUCCUGAGCCCCAUGGCCAGCAGGGAAGACCGGGUGCUGAAAGUGCGUGGGGAAGGCCGGCGGGCCUCGCCCACCCCUGUGCCCGCCCGCAUCCGGGAGAUCGUGGCCGGCAGCCUGGCUGAAGAGCCACCCCAAGGGGUGCGGGAGCCGACAGCCACUGUGGCCCGGGUGCAAGAGGAGAACGAGCUCCUGCAGGAGGAGCUGGACCGGCUGCGGGACCUGCUGGCCCAGGCCGGCGCCGAGCGGGAUGAGCUGGCCAGCAGGUGCCACGUGGUCAGCGAGCAGCUGCAGGCCCGGCUGCGGAGGUCAGAGCUGGAGCACAGCGUGGAUCUGGAGGAGGCCCUGGGCCGCCUGGAGGCCGCCGAGCAGAGGAGCACCGGCCUGUGCCAGGUGAACGCCCUCCUGCGGGAGCAGCUGCAGCACAUGAAGAAGGCCAACGACACACUGGCCCGGGAGCUGGCGGGGACCACGGGCAGCAUGCGGCGCCUGCAGGGCGAGCUGGAGCGGAGUCGCCGGCCCCAGAGACAGGCCCAGCCAGGGGGCCUCCUGCUCCUGUGGAGGCAGGCCGUGGUGCUGGGGACGGGCCUGGCUGAGCUGCGCGCAGCCACGGAGAGGGGCCUCGCUGACCUGCAGGCAGACACGGCCAGGACCGCCCGCCACCUGCACACCGCCUGCCUGAACCUGGACUCCAACCUGCGGCUGUCGGCCAGCAGCACAGCCCGCACCCUGGGGCAGCGGCUUCAGGACACUAGCCCCGGGGACGCAGAGAAGGCGGCGCUCCAGGCCAGGCUCUCAGAGCAAACGCUGCUGGUGGAGAAGCUCACAGAGCAGAAUGAGCGGAGGGCGAGGACCAUCGCUGCCCUCAGAACCGACCUGCAGAACCUGGUGGCGGAGGAGGGUGAGCAGUGCCCGGAGCCGGGAUGGAGCCCCGGCACUGAAGGGGAGAAGGCGCAGCGCCCACCGAGGGGCCCCCCACGUGCCACGUCCCCCCACCAAGGGGCAUCCCUGCCACGUACCCACUCCCAGGCUGCCCUGGACCCCACACUGCAGGCCGUGCGGGCAGCCAUCAAGAGGCGGCGGCAGCGGGAGCAGGAGCUGUGCCUGCAGCUGGAGUCGUCCCAGGCCCUGGCGGCCGGGCUCCGGGAGCAGCUGUCCGAGUGCCAGCGGGAGCUGUGGGCCGCGCAGCAGCGGGCUCGGGGGCAGGAGGCCCUUCGGGGCCAGCCGGAGGCCCAGGGGCUGGAGGAGCAGCAGUGCCGGGCGUCCUGCAAGCUCCUGGGGAGGGAGAAGGCUGCUCUGGAGAUGGCGGUGGGGCAGCUGAGAGGGCAGGCAGGUGCUGCAGAUGUGGAGAAGCGGGGGCUGGAGGCCCCGGAGCUGCAGGAGGAGCCUCGGGAGGAGCUGGCUCUGCGGAGGCGGCGGAGCGGCAGGGCCCUGGAGACCAGUCAAGGCCGCCUGCAGCAGCUGGAAGAGAAGGUCUCCGGGCUCAGGGAGGAGCUGGCUUCAGCCCGGGAGGCACUGAGCAUGGCACAGCUCCAGCGGGACGUCGUGGAGAGCGAGAGGGAGGCCCUGCACCGUGCCCUGGCCCGGGCCGAGUGCGGCAAUGCUGACCUGGAGCUUCUCGUGAGGCGGCUGAAGUCAGAGGGAGUGCAGCAGAGGGACUCCCUGGCUGCCAUGGCCACCCUGAUGGACGGUCUGGCUCAGGACAAAAGUGUGCUGACCCACCUGACCCUCCAGCUGGAGCAGGAGCGAGACCAGCUGCGGGAGCAGCAGAAGGCUCUGGAGCAGGAGCAGGCCCGGGCCAGGGAGCAGCUGGCGAAGGCGGAACAGCAGCUGGCACUGGAGCAGGCGGAGCGCAGGGGCCUGGAGCAGCGGCAGGAGCAGCUGGAGGGCCAGGCAGCCUUGCUGGGGCGAGAGAAGGCCCAGCUCCAGGAGCAGGUGGUCCAGGUCACCUGCCAGAAACAGGCCCUGGAGGAGCAGCUGGCUCAGAGCCUGCAGGACCAGGAGGCCCAGAUGGACACUCUGCAGCAAGCCGUGAAGGAGAAGGGCGCUCUGUCCGAGGAGCGGGCCCAGCUGCUGGCCCAGCAGGAGGCCUUGCAGAGGCAGGGCCGGCUCGCGGCUGACGAGGCAGCUGAUCUCAGGGCGGAGAGGGACUCCCUGGAGAGCAGCCUCCUGGAGGCCCAGCAGCUGACCACACAGCUGCAGGAACAGCUGCAGGAGGAGGCCCGGAGCGCAGGACUCACGCGGCAGGCCUUGCAAGUGGAAAUGAGGCAGCUACAACGUGACUGGGAGGCCCAGGAGCUGAAGCUGUGGCAGGACAUGGGGCGGCUCCAGCGACAGGUGGCACAGCAGGAGCGGGGAGCACAGCUGGCCCUGGAGAGCCAGGCAUCGGCACACCGUGAGGCCCUGGCACAGCUCCAGCGAGAGAAGGAGACCUUGAGUCUGUCCCUGGUAGAGGAGAAGGAGGUAGCCAGAUGCCGGCUGGAGCAGGAGAGGGAGCUGGUGGCAAAGAGCGCAGCUGAGAGGGAGGCUCUGAAGGAGGAAAUUCAGAGUCUGAAGCAGGAGCGGGACGAGCGCCUUCUCCAAAUGGAACACAAGAUGCAACAGGCCCUGUCCCUGAGAGCCGAAGAGCGGAGCCUUCUGAGCAAGGAGCUCUCCAGGGCCAGGAGGGCGCUGGAGCGGGCGCAGCAGGAGGCACAGGGCCAGCAGGAGCACGCACAGGCCACCGUCAGCGCCACGACUGAGGAGCUGAAGGCCCUCCAGGCCCAGUUUGAGGAUGCCAUCUCAGCCCAUCAGACGGAGACCACGGCCCUGCGUGAGCGCCUCCGGGACCUGGUGGCUGAGCGAGGCCAAGUGGAGAGAGAGGCUGAGAGGCUGCAGGCACAGCUGACCGUGGCUCAGGAGGGGUUGGCCACGCUGCGCCAGGAGCUGCAGGCCGUCGAGGAGAGCCGGGAGGAGGCCCGCCGGGCACUGGGUGACGAGGCCCGUGAGAAGGACGUCCUGUUGCUGUCCAACAUCGAGCUGCGGGCCGCUAUCCGCAGGGCUGAGCAGGAGAAGGCCAGUUUUAAGCGGUCCAAGGAAGAGAAGGAGCAGAAGCUGCUGGUCCUGGAGGAGGCGCAGCGGGAGGCCAGCGCACUGCAGGCCUGCCUGUGGGAGCUGGAGCAGGCACGGGGGCACACCCGCCAGGAGCUCCACAGACAGGUGAGGACGCUGACGGCCGAGAACGAGAGGAGACGCGGAGAGGCCCGGGAGCUGCAGGGGCGACGUUCGCAGGAGAUGCUGGAGCUGCGGAGGCAGGCGGCCGAGGCGGAGGCCGGGCGCGCGGGUGCCCGGGAGGAGGUCCUGGGACUGCAGAGGAAGUUGGCCGAGGUGGAGGCCGCCGGGGAGGCCCGACGACAGCGGCUCCAGGAGCGCCUCCGUGACAGCCACAGGGCUGAGCAGACCCUCCGGGCGGAGCUGCACGGCGUCACCAGGAAGCUGCAGGAAGCCGGCGCUGCGGCCGACGCUCUCCGGGCUCGCCUGGACCGGGCCUGUCACCAGAUCCGCAGCCUGGAGCAGGAGCUCACCCAGGCCCAGCGUGCGAGGCAGGGGGCGGAGGCCCAGCUGGGCCGGCUCUGCCGCACCCUCCGCCAUGGCCUGGGGCUCCAGGGACAGAGCCCGUGGGCCGCCCCGGAGCAGCCCGGUUCCCCCACCCAAGGCUCCAACGGCUCCCAGGCUCUCCCUGGGCGAGAGGGUGCCAGCCCCCGAGCCAGGCCCCGCUCACCCCUCCGACGGCCCUCACCCACACCCGGAGGCCACAGCUCAGAGCUCCUGGACGUGGACACCGUGAAGGACAUCCUACGGGACUUUGUGCAGAAGCUCCGGGAAGCCCAGCGGGAGCGGAAUGACUCUCGCAUCCAGAUGGCGACCCUGAGCAGCCGGCUGAGUGACGCAGAGUGCAGGUGUGCCCGGGCCCAGAGCCACGUGCGACAGCUACAGAAAGCCCUGGCCGAGGCCCAGGAAGGCCGGCGUCGAGUGGAGGGCAUGCUGGGCAGUGCCCGGGCAGCAAGAGCCCUGCAGAAGGAGGCGCUGGGCAGGCUGGAGGUGGAGCACCUGGAGCAACUGGACGCACUUCGCCAGGCCCUUGACGAGAGCAGGAGGCACAGCCAAGGCCUGGCCAAGAGGAAGCUGCUAGAGGAGCAGCUCACCAACUUGGAGCACAGCUGCCAGGAGGCCGAGGGAUCGCUGGAGCCCCCAAGACAGACAGAGCAAGAGAUACUGAAGAGGGAGGAGGCUGUGGCGAGGCUGGGGGCUGAGAAGGAGCAGCUGGCCCAGUCUCUGAACAGCCUGCACCAGGAGGUGGAUGGAGCCCAGAGGCAGCAUCAGCAGCUGCAGGCCCAGAAGGCAGAGCUGGAGCAGGCGCACACCCAGCGGCUCCAGGAGCUGGCUGUCCAGCACCAGCGGGACCUGGCCGAGGAGGCAGAGCGUCUGCGUGGGGCCCUGGAGGCCCAAGGACGGACCCACCAGCAGCGGGUGGAGGUGCUGGAGGAGCAGGUGGCCAGCCUGAAGGAGCAAUUGGACCAGGAAGCGCAGUGGCAGCAACAGGCACGGCUUGGCCAGGUCCUCCCAGCAGGGCAGCGAGCCCUCUGCAAACCAUCCAGCAGCCGGCCGCCUCGGCCCUCACCGGCCAGGGGCCCUGGGGAAGCGCUGGAGGCCCCAGGCUGCUGGGGGAACCACUGUGGGAAAAUCAAUGCCUUGUGCUCUGCAUAAGAGGGACAAAGCUCAAACGGGGUGGGCAUGAUGCCAGCAGAAAGCACAGCCUACAGGCAGCCACCACCAGCCACCACUCACUCCCCAGGGGCCCCAGGCAGCCAGCAGUGCACUCUGAGCCUACUGACCUCAGAGCUCCUCUGCCACCCUGCGGGUCAUCACCUCCAACAUCCCCUUCCCCUCCGGCAGACAGCAGGGGCUUGGGUGCCCCCACAGCCCGCCCCCUGCCUGGCGCCCCCACAGCCCGCCCCCACCUGGCACUCUUUUCCGCUUCAGUGGAGCUGGUCUGGCCAGACACCCGGGCCAGGCCCUGUCAGGCCGGCUUCCCCAGCUUCAUUCCGUGCCCUCAGCUCCGUAAACACGGGAAAACACGUGGAAAACAUUUCCACCAACCGGAGCCAAAAACAGAAUGUCCUGCAAGGCCAGCCACCAGAGCCCCACGCCCAGCGGCUGGAGCCUCCGCAUCCUGGAACUUCGGUCGUUGCGGCGGCAGGUGGCUGAAGUGACUCACUGGCCGUCAGAAGCAGGGGAGCGUCACGCUGAAAGCUGUUACAGAGCUCCCCGUGUUCCUGGCCUAGAAACGCUGGGAACCGUCCGGCGGGACUCCGGCCGGGCUGCCCUCUUGGCCACGUGGCGUGGGCCACCUGCAGGCAUCUGCAUGCCUUGCCUCCACCACCAUUGCUCAAAGUGGCCUGUUCUCCCCUCCAAAGUGCCUCCUGCUUUACAGCCGCUCACCUGUGAUCUCUGCAGGCACCAGCCAGCCCGGUGAAUCCCCACAUGUGCACAGCACCCAUCCCAGCCGCAAGGACGCUGGCCUAGGGGUACAAGGCCAGAGGCUUCCAGCACCCACCCCGUGGCAGUCACUGUGAGCCGUGGCCAAGUGGGCAACAAGAUCACUCAGGGACUUAAAAGAGUCUAUCCUGGCACACCUGGCUUUCCGGCAGAUUUAGUAAUGGAGUUAACACAUGCUGUGAAUUGUGCAAAACCAAGCCCUAAAGAGAGGUGAGCGGAGGGGUCCCUUCCCGCCUGUCACCUCUGCCUGAGAUUACAGCUGGUGGCUGUGUUGAGGGUUCUGAGGUUCAGCCUCGGCUGUGGGGGAAGAGCUUCGUGACCCAUGAGCAGAGGUGACUCCAGGAAAGGAAGAGUCGCAGGUGGCAGCGGUGCUCGGACAGGCACCCCUGGUGUGGCCAGUCAAGAGUGGAGGACAGCAGGCGGCUUGCCCCCACUGCUGGGGAGCGCUCUGCCAGAUGGCGAGUGGAGGGUCACCGAGAGGCAGCGUGUGCUGCUCAGGGCCUGGCACGCAGUAGGCACAUCCCCUCCCUUCCUCCCUCCCCACGCACAGUCUCCUCAUGGAGGGGGCCUCCCACUCCGCAGCCCAGCAGAAGGACUGAGGGAUGGCCAGGUGGGAGGGAGGAGUGGAACCUGGAGGCUCUCAUUGCGGGACAGGAGACUCAGCAUGGGCCCCUCCCGCCCCGGGCAGCGGGAGCCCCUGUGUGUCCCCAGGGCUGCGGUGGCCACGCCUCCCACUUUGCAUCCCUGAGGCGCCCAAGGGUACUGAAGCUCCCAGCACGGGGAGGUGCCCAAUGCGGCUGGCUGGCCUUGAGGAAGGGAACCAACGGCAGGUGGGAGGGUCCCAGGUGAUUUCUGGGCGUCACCGUGAGCAGACAGUUUCAGGACCCUCCUUGCCCUGGCUGCUCACGGGGAGCACUUGAAACGCACGUGGGGGCCUGAGAAUUGUGAAUCUUAACAAGUAGUUAAAUCAGCAUAGGAGAUGCUACUUUUACUGCCUCAACAGGAAGGGAUGUCUUCAGAAAAGAGGCUGUUUCUAGUGGAAAUACACUGGCGCUGUCUUCAGUGUGUCCAGCGCUGGUGUGUGGGCCCCUGUGCAGGCCUCACCGUCGCUGAGAACCGAGCUGGGGCUUGGAGGGCUCGCCCUCCGUUCUCACAGCGGCCCUUUGAGCACCUGGUUUGCCGAUGAGGAGGAAGCCGGGCCGUGGGACGAGGCUACACGAGGGUGACAGGAGGGGUCAGGCCCAGGGACCCCACAGGCCAGGCCAAGGCUCCCCCUCCACUGGCCUCACCCCAGACCCGUCUGCCCAGUGAGGGGCAGGCAGAGCGUGUGAACCAGAGGACGUGUCCCAGAUGCUGGGGUCCUCCUGCCCCUUCAUGGAGGCAAGGCCAAGGGAGGGGGGCUGGAGAGAGGAGGGGGCUGGACCCCUUCCCACGCCCUCCCCAGAGUCGAGGGGAAAAGCCCGGCCAUGGCCGGCAGCAGCCAGCCUCCAGCCCAGCAGCGUGCAGCCCUGGACAGCUUCUUAAGGUUUUGGUUUCCCGUCCAUAAAGUGGGGUGGCCCCAGCCCGAGAGCCAUGGUGUGUCUUACAUGAAGCAUCGCCCAGGCUGAGGCCAGAGCACUCCGCUAACCGUGGAGGCAGGUCACCUGCAGCGGCUGUGGCUCUGGGACUGCUGCCUCCAUCUUCCCAGCCUGCAGGGCAGCCUCAGCCAUGGUCCAGCGGGUCCAGGGUGCUCAAAGGAGCAGCCCCUGAGGCCAGCCUGGUAGAGGCGGCCCAGAUCCGUGGUGCUCCUAAAGGGAGGGUCUGCCUCUGGAACCCAUAGUGAGUGUGGGCGUCAGUGAGAACUCAGAGGUGGGAAUGGACCCCCAGAGCCACCUCAUGGAGCUGGAGCCACACGUAGGCCUGUGGCCUCGGAGGCCUCCACGGUCUGGCUCUUCCUCUGCCUGCCCUCUCCGGUGGGCAGAGGGGAUACAUGUGCCCCGGGUUUCUGAAAGCCAGGAGACCCUCCCCCACACAAGGCGGUGAUGCAGGCAGACGCCCAGCUCCGGACUGAGACAGAACACAAAAUCCCUUCGGAUUCCUGCUACCCCUGAGGCUCGCCGAGGAAUGCGAGGCAGUGGGGGUGUUGAAGGCCCCCCCGGCCUCUGGCCAGGAAGCUCUGACAGGCCCUCAGGUGCCCGGGGAAGGGGCGGCACCCUCUGCAGGCAUCCAAAGAUGGCACUGCAGACCGACACCGGGAGGGGACAAAUGGAGAUGAAGGCCCGGGGGGUGGGCACUGGAGGAGGGGCCCUGUGGAACAGACGGCGGCACCCGCAGACAGGCCAGGCAGGGUGGGGGCAGGGCCCCAGGAGAUGAACCCAGCCCUCCGGAGCACCCCAGGGUGAGGGAGGCACGCGCUCCGGUUGGCCAGAGCCGGGGCAGGAAGUGGGCCAGCUGGACCAGCGACGUUGUUUAUCUGCGCUUCCAAAACAUUCAUACUUUUUGAAUUAAUUGCAAAAAAAAAAAAAAAUGCUAGCAGGGACACAUAGAAAGGAGAAUGUAACCACCUCCGUCAUUCGUGGCCCGCAGAACCCGUGAGGCGGCGCCGGUGCCGCCUCUCCCUGCACGCCUGUGCUCAGGACGGCUGUGGCCAUAGCGUGCAUGCUCCUUGGAGGACUAUUUUUUUAAAGUUUUGCUUGACACGAUACCGUGAGAGUUUUCCCGAAUCAUUAAAAACGGCUCAGAGCAUGGUUUUGUUCCUUCGGAAGCUCCGGGCAUCAGAGGACCCCAGGCCUGAGCGCGGGCCCCCUCUUUCCGUGGCUUGCUGUUCCUGCUGUCGCAGAGCCCACAGGGAAUGGGCCUUUCUCUCU